UGGUGCGUGUUGCGGGUGGUUUCCGAGUGAGGGUUUUUUCUCCUCACUGAAGGAGGAAAGAAGGACUGGAUGCUGAAGAAGGGAAAUGUUACUUUGACCAUGGCUGACAACAGUACACUUGUGUCUGAUACAGGGAGGAGUCUCUUGGCAGAUACUUCUAUUCUUGACUCCAAAAUUACAGAAACUUCCAAGGAUAACAUAUUCAUUCGAUCUGCUUCAGAUGUGGAAGAGGAAAUGCCCCAGGUUGAAACCAGAGUUGUUCUAGUUAAAGAAGCUGCAAAAUGUGAAGAGCUUCAGAAAGCUUUGGAGACCAUUAGGAUAAUGGAAGUUCCAGUAAUAAAGAUAAAGGAAUCUAGUUCUGGUAAAACAGAAGAAAAACUAAUAAAAAGCAUUAUACAUAUGGAAAUUAAAGUGCCUUUCAUAAAGACUGAAUCGGUGGAAGAGUAUGAAGAUUCUGAGUCACCAGAAUUCGAGACGGUUUUUGUGACAACAGACUUUCAAGAUUCCAUUUUCAAUCACUUGUGCAAGGCAGACUGUCGAGUCCUUGGUCCCCCAAUAGUAUUGCAGUGUGCCAGAAAAGGCGAGCCUCUGCCUUUUUCAUGCCGCCCGCUGUAUUGUACAAGCAUGUUGAAUCUUGUGUUGUGCUUUACAGGCUUCAGAAAGAAAGAAGAACUGGUUAAAAUGGUCACUUUGGUACACCAUAUGGGAGGCAUUAUUCGACGGGAUUUCAGCUCAAAAGUUACUCAUCUGGUAGCAAAUUCUACACAAGGAGACAAAUUCAGAGUAGCUGUGAGUCUAGGUACACCAAUCAUGAAAGCAGAGUGGAUUUAUAAAUCUUGGGAAAGAAGAAAUGACAUUGACUUCUGUGCUGCAAAUGAGGAAUUCAGGAAGGAAUUUAAAGUUCCCCCAUUCCAGGACUGCAAGUUAAGUUUUUUUGGAUUCUCUGAUGAUGAGAAGAAGAAUAUGGAAGAAAUGACGGAAAUGCAGGGUGGACAAUAUUUGCCUGUCGGUGAUGAAAAGUGCACUCACCUCAUAGUCGAAGAAAACACAGUCAAAGACAUUCCAUUUGAACCAUCAGAAAACCUUUAUGUUGUAAAGCAGGAGUGGUUUUGGGGGAGCAUUCAGAUGGAUGCCAGAGCUGGAGAAUCUAUAUACCUUUUUGAAAAGUGUCAGCCUAGAGCUUUGGAUGAAACUCCAAAAUCAUGUGCAAAGCCAUCCAAAAAUUCCACACCUCUUCCUCCAAAGCAGUCUGCAAGGUGGCAGGUUGCAAAGGAGCUCUAUCAGACAGAAAGCAACUAUGUAGAUAUCCUGACAACCAUCAUCCAGGUUUUUCAAGUGCCGUUGGAAAAAGAAGGGCAGGUUGGAGGCCCCAUCCUUGCACCAGAAGAGAUUAAAACCAUAUUUGGCAGUAUUCCUGACAUCCUUGAUGUGCACAUUAAGAUAAAGGAGGACCUUGAGGACCUUAUGAUAAACUGGACUGAAGGCAAAAGCAUUGGUGAUGUCAUACUGAAAUAUUCAAAAGAUUUGCUGAGAACAUACCCUCCAUUUGUAAACUUCUUCGAAAUGAGCAAAGAAACUAUCACUAAGUGUGAAAAACAGAAGCCAAGGUUUCAUGCUUUCCUAAAGAUAAAUCAAGCUAAACCAGAAUGUGGGCGCCAAAGUUUGGCAGAACUCCUCAUCCGCCCUGUUCAGAGGCUGCCUAGUGUUGCCCUUCUUCUAAAUGACAUUAAAAAGCACACAGCGGAAGACAAUCCUGACAAAACAACUUUAGAGAGAGCCAUUGAAUCUCUGAAGGAAGUGAUGACGCACAUUAAUGAAGAUAAAAGAAAAACAGAAGCUCAAAGGCAGAUUUUUGAUGUUGUUUAUGAAGUAGAUGGCUGUCCAGCCAAUCUCUUGUCAUCUCACCGAAGUCUAAUUCAGCGCCUGGAAACGGUUGCACUUGGUGAUGACCUUUGUGACAGAGGGGAACAGGUCACUCUUUUCCUUUUUAACGACUGCCUGGAGAUUGCAAGGAAACGGCACAAAGGCAUUGGUGGUUUCAAGAGUCCACAUGGCCAUACCAGACCCCCAGCCUGUCUCAAGCAUAUCAGCCUCAUGCCCCUAUCUCAGAUCAAGAAAGUACUAGAUAUCCGAGAGACAGAAGACUGCCAUAAAGCAUUUGCCCUGGUUGUGCGGCCACCGACAGAGCAGACCAACUUGUUGUUCAGUUUCCAGAUAACAACUGAAGAACCGCCUAAGGAAGACUGGCUGAAGAUGCUGUGUCGGCAUGUUGCCAACACAAUAUGUAAAGCAGAUGCUGAAGAUCUAAUUUAUGCAACUGAUCCAGAUUCCAUUGAAGUAAAUACAAAAGAUAUGGAUAGCACAUUGAGUAGAGCAUCCCGGGCCAUAAAAAAGACAUCCAAGAAGGUUACUCGAGCAUUCUCUUUUUCCAAGACACCAAAGAGAGCACUCCGGAGAGCUUUGAUGGCACACAGCAAUGUAGAAGGGAAGAAUUUUGGCACAAUGAGUGAAAGUUACUUAGGGGGACGUCUUGCCAGUACUUCAUCCCUAGCAGGCAUCCACUCUCCUUCCUUGAUCAGCCUGCCAUCAGUGUUUGAAAAGAGGAGUCAUACCUUAAGUCGAUCAACUACUCACUUGAUAUGAACUGGAUGCAGAAUUGAGUUGCAAUGGAAAACUGACUAACUAAAAUCUGGAGUAGCUUUCCCAACAACCCUUUACUGACAAUGAAUGAUGGUACUUAGUUAGCACUUAGUGGUAAUUAGUAAAUGUUUAGAUAACACUAAGCUGAUCACCAAGAGUUGGCGGAUUUCGGACUUUGGUUUGGCAGGUGGGGGAUAUAAACAUCCCCUUUGUACAAAUUGCAUUAUCAGCAUAAUGGAAAUAUUCUGUUCAGUGUAAAGACUUUGUGAAUAAAAUUACAUUGUUUAUUACAUGGAAUUGUUUACUGAAACAUGAAAAUUGUUCAUAGAUGUUUCUGCUGGCUGUGGAUGGUGAAUUUUGUUUUUAAAAUAGUCUUGGUGUUUAUUCAUAACUCUUGGAUGCACCAAUACUUAAAGUGAAAAACUUGCUUCAUAUUUAAAGUACAGCUUUUAAAAAAUUUCCAAAAAGAUGCAGGUUUUUAGAUGCCUGAAUAUUCUCCAGAUGGUGGAGGUUAACCUUAUUUAUGAUCGUUGAGUGGUGGCCAUUUAAAAGAAGCUAUCUUAAAAAUCAGCUAUCUUUUCAAAAGUAGUAGAACACUUUUAAAAUAUACUUUUCAUGCACAGAUUGCCAUGUAGAAGUGAAAACAUAGAUCUGACUUCAGUAUCUGCAGCUAUUUUUUAUUCAUAGGUUUUCAUAUAAACUCCUCAAACAUUUACAGUACUCGGUUUUUCAUAUACUUCUAGUAUUUUUCUUUUACAGUGCAAAUAUUUUUAAAAUAAUCAGGUUUUUGUAAUAUAUUCCUACACUCGCUUUGUAAAAUUAAGUUUCUACACAUAUUAAACUAUUUCUCACUGCUUUUAUUUGGGAGAGAUAGUCGGUAGGACUUCUAAUUUCCCAUUCCCUCAACCUUAGAUUGCCACUGAUUCCUACAUAUAAAUUGUGUCACUUUAUUGCUUUUGUAUGUUUUAAAAAUUCUAUACUGAUGGAAACUUUGUGAAUAAACUGAACUGUUUGUCAACUUUAUUUUAGAUGUUUAAUCCCAUGGAUUCCAUCUUGAGAGCUGCUACACCAACUCAAAUAACAUUUAUUCUAAACCUUGGCAAUAUUCAACUGUUUUUGGCUUCUUAAUAAAGUAAAAUCUAAUCAA